AUGGCUAGCUCAUCUCCCUCACAUGAAACCGUCACAAUCGUUCUGGCUACAGUCAUCCCAUCCGUAUUCCUUCUCCUUUUGGCAGCCGUCAUAUACCACCGAGUUAGAAGACGCAAGGCCCGAUUUCGCAACCGGGGAAUCACACCGAUUGACGAUGAGGAGAUUGAAUCUUGGAAGACUGAUAGGACCCAUAGCGUUGACGGCGAAGAAAAGCUCCCAGGCUCUCCCAAAUCAGCUAUAACCGAGCCGAAGCGGGUUCACCACUCUCACCAUGCAAGUACAUCUAUUGGUUCAGUAAAAUCGUCGAGCGUCAUUGUCUACCAGAAUCGGGUCUCGGAAGACCAGCAACCUUGGUCUCCUGUUCGAGGGAAGCAAAGCAUGGAUAUACCCCCGACACCAGUUCUUGCACGAGCACCAAACUCUCGGCCUGGUCUAACGGACGAGACAGUUCGGGGUGACCAAGCUUAUGUCAAUGUCAAACGUACUCCAUCGGCACGCCUGUCCAAGAACAACUCUCCUCGGCAUGCUCGGACAAAAAGCACACGAAGCACAAGAAGCAGCUUUGGGUCCAGCGCUAAACGUGAGCAAUGGUACAGCCAGACUCCAGAGCAAAAUUCGCCACGGCCGUCCGCCGAUAUCUACUCCAAGUCGGUGCCAUCAUCUCGCAGGGCGACCAUUUCAACACCGGCAAACCAUAUUUCUCGUCAGAUCUCUGCCGAUGAUGAUUUCCCAUUGACUGGUCUAUCACCGCGACCCGUGGUGCUUAGAUCUGAUAUUGGACGUGCCAUAGGUUAA